AUGUCCCUGGAUCCAGUAUUCACAGUGUCACAGGAGUUCAAGCUGGUGGACUGCAACGAGGCGGCAGUGCGCUACAUGAAGUACCGCGACCGCGAGGAGAUGCUGCAGCGCUUCGACCUCAUGAAGCUCUCCCCCGAGUUCCAGCCCGACGGCCGGCGCUCCGUGGACGUGCAGAUGGAGAACCAUGCGCGCAUGCUGCGCGGCGAGGUGGUCAUCUUUGAGUGGCAGACGCUGGCGUCCGAUGGCGAGCCCUUCAUGGUGCUCGUUACUGUCAGGGAGAUAGUGAUCGACGGGGAGAAGCACCUGUUGUCCAUCUGGCACGACCUGUCGGAGAUGAAGCGCAAGGAGGAGGAGCUGAAGGCGGCCAAGGAGGCGGCAGAAGCGGCAAACGAGGCGAAGAACCGGUUCCUGGCGAACAUGAGCCAUGAGCUGCGCACCCCCAUGAAUGGCGUCAUCGGUGUCGCCGAGCUGCUCCUCCGCACGCCCCUUACGGACGAGCAGCGCAUGUACCUGGACGUCAUCUGCUCCUCCGGCAACGCCCUCAUGCAUAUCAUAUCCGACGUGCUCGAUAUCACUAAAAUCGAGACGCACUCGCUCGUGGUUGACGCGUACCCGUUUGAUCUGCAUGUGACGAUCGAGCAGGCACUGAGUGCGAUCCGCGUGGCGGCGAAUAGCAAGGGGCUCGGGCUGCAUGUGAGCGUGUGUGAGCAGCUGCCUGUGAUGGUGAUAGGAGACCAGUUCCGUGUGAGGCAGAUUCUCCUCAACCUGCUCUCCAACGCCAUCAAGUUUACCGACAGGGGCGAGGUGAGGGUAAGAGUCUCUCUCUGCGACCCGCCAUCACAAGACGAGGGCACAAGGCAAGGGGUGCGUGGGGAGGGACAGCUGGGCAAGCGGAUACUGGACGACGCGCAUGGCCAUGGGAGCUUCACAGAGAAAGAAACGGUUGGGCUUGAAAAAGGGGAGCGCGAAGGGGAGGGCCAUGAACGGGGGGAGCAGGCGUGGAAGGAGCAGGCAACCUCAGACCAAACUGAAACAGCAGCAGAGGAGAAGGUGUGGGUGCGGAUAGACGUGUCGGACACGGGCGUGGGCAUCUCCUCCGAGGCGAUGGCGAGGCUGUUCACGCCGUUCCGGCAGGUGGACGACUCGUCGUGCCGCAAGCACGGCGGCACGGGCCUGGGUCUCUCCAUCUGUCGCUCGCUCGCCGCGCUCAUGGGGGGCUGCAUCUCCGUCGCCUCCUCCCCCCGCCACGGCUCCACCUUCUCCCUCCACCUCCCCUUCAUCCGCUCCCGCACGUGGGACGUGCAUGUGAGGAGGGAGGAGAGGGGGGGUGCGACGCUGUGUGGGGCGUGGGAGGAGGGGCUGGGGGAGGAGAUGCAGGGGAACAGGAAUGUUGAGCGAGGGGGUGGGGAAGGGCAGAAGACGGGUGGAAGGAACGGGGUUUCUGCAGCGUCUGUUGCAGCCGCAGAGGCAGCAGCAGCUGCUGCUGCAGCUGUAGCAGGAAUCAGUGAAACGGAAGGAGGAGAAGCAGAACUGUGGUCACAACCGACCUCUCGUUCGCCUCGUCGCCAAACCUCCCCCUCACCUCCGCCUGUGGUUCGGUACCCAAGCCCUCUAUCCUGCCUGCCUCCCUUCUGGCACGUGCAACAGCAGCAGCAGGUGGAGGAUGAGAAUGAGCAGCAGCAGCAGCAGCAGCAGUGGCCACAGGGGGACAUGUGCGGAGAGGGGGAGCAGAUGGGUGGCGGGGAAGGGAUGGAAGAGGGGCGGGAAGGUGGGGAAGCAGGCAAUACGUGUCGACUGGAUGCAAAUGGAGGGGCGGGGUUAUGGAUCCCGGACAUCAGGGGGGGAAAUCUGGAAAGUGCAGAGGGAGAGGUUGCUGCAAGGAGGACCGAGAGAAUGUGCGAAGGGCGUGGACCUGAAGCUGAGGAGGAUGGGAAGGGGGUUGAAGGAGCUUCAGAGAGACCAAGGGAGGGUGGGAUGUCCGAGAAGGAGCAGGUGGAUGGGGAGGAGAGCGAGGAGGCUGGGGAGGAUGAGAGCAGCAGCAGUGACGAGGAGAGCGAGGGUCGGGGAAAAGCGGGGAUGAGCGGAGCGGCAGUGAAGGGCGGCAGGAAGUCAGGGGAGGCAGGGGCAGGCAGAGGAGAGCAGGAGGGGGGGUUUGCGGGGCUGCGGUGCCUGGUGGUGGAGGACAACGCGGUGAACCGCAUGGUGGUGGUGCGGCUGCUGAGGAGCCUCAAGGUGGCGUGCGAUGUGGCUGAGGACGGUAGCAAGGCUGUGCAGGCGUGUGCGCGGUGCUGCUACGACAUCAUAUUCAUGGACUGCCACAUGCCAGUCAUGGACGGGUUUGAGGCCACGGAAAGAAUACGUCAGCUGCAAACAGAAGACAGCGAUGCUAGUGAUGGUGGUGACGGGGAGAGAGCAAUGUCUGAUGCUGUUGAAGUGAAGCAGCAGGAACAGCAGCACCAGGAACAGCAGGAGCAGCAGCAGGAGGAGGAGCAGAAAGCAAUCAAAGGGCCAAAAGUGCAAUCAGGCAUGUGUUUAGAAGGAGACCAGGGAUCGAAGCAGGAGAAGCCGCACCAUCGGAGAAAGCGGUCGGUCAUAUAUGCGUUGACAGCGAGCGUGUUGAAGCAUGAGAGGGACAAGUGUGUGAGUGUAGGGAUGGAUGGCUUCCUUGCCAAGCCAAUAAGGCUCAAGGACCUCCAGCAGGUGCUCGGUCAGUUGAUGCUUGAAAUCAAAGAGAAGAAAGCUGAAGGAAGUGGCUCGCUGCGUGUGAAUACGGGCCCUCAAUUGAAUGAAUGA